AUGAUCUGCCGCAGCGUCCUCCUCGCGGUCGUGUCCUGCGCGUUCGCCCUGGCGCACGUUGCGUCGGCUGCGUCCGACCUGCCCGUGAUCUUCUUCCACGGAGUCUUCAGCACCUACGAGGCCGGUGACAAUUUCGUGGCCAACCUGACUGCUGAAGGCCGCACGGUGGUGUCGCUCUCGUUCUGCGAUGGCUCGUGCUCUACCGAGUCGCUUCUGACCCAGGUCCCCAAGGCUGUGGAGACUGUCCGCGAGCUGGUGGCGAACAACUCGGCGUUCGACGAUGGCUACAUCUUCAUCGCCCACUCGCAGGGCGGCCCCAUUGCUCGUGCGGUGAUCGAGGAGAUGGACGACCACAAGGUCAAGCGCUUCAUCAGUCUCGCUGGUCUCCAGAACGGCCAGUUCAUCGGCCCCGACAAGGUUGAAGUCUCCAUCGCCAACAAUGCUGUGUUCCUGACCAUGCUGGUGCCUGAGACCAUGUUCAACUACAGCGCCUACGGCCCUGAGGACUACUACGGCAAGAUGCAGAAGGACUACGUCAUCUACACCAUCGAGAACCCCGACGCGCAGUACACGUACUCGCAGUUCAACGUCAACCGCUGGCCGCAGUUCGGCAGCUUCUCCACCGCCAACUUCUUCCUGCCCGUGUACAACAACGUCAACCACUGCCUGCCCGGUAACGACCAGUGCAUCUACGACCAGCACCGCCGCAAGGCCAACUUCCUCAAGCUGGAGGAGGCCCACUUCUUCGCCUCGCCUGCGGAUGAUGUUAUCAUGCCGUGGCAGAGUUGCAUCUUUGGCCGCUACUCGGAGGUGGACACGAUCGAGGAGAUCGAGACCAAGUACAACAACUUGACGGUGGUGGACAUGAAGGACACGCUCGAGUACACGUCGGACACCUUCGGCUUGCAGACCCUGGAGAAGCGUGGUGGUCUCUUCCUCCACGAAAUCGCGAACGUCACGCACGGAUGCUGGGCGGUUGAUGACAACGACACUGGCUGCUCGUGGGCUUCUGUGUACGACCAGUACAUCUACCCUACUCUUGUGUAA